AAAAAAUAAAAUAUGUCAAGAAAAAUGGACAUCGGUGACGCUCGACAUCUCUCAGAGCUGAGGAUUGUGUUGAUGGGGUAUAAAGGAGCUGGUAAGAGUUCAUCAGGAAACACCAUCCUGGGCAGAGAGGAGUUUGACUUGAAGAGAUCUGCUCAGUGUGUGAGGAGACAUGGAGAAGUAGCAGACAGACACAUCACUGUCAUUGAAGCUCCAGGAUGGUGGAGGAAUGUCACUGUAGAGAAGAGUCCUGAGAGACUGAAACAGGAGAUUUUGCUGAGUGUGUCUCUGUGUCCUCCAGGACCACACGCUGUACUACUGAUCAUACGUGUGGAUGAUAUAUUUAAAGAGGCUGAGAGAAAAGCAUGUCAGGAUCAUCUGGAUCUUCUCAAUGAGAGAGUUUGGAGUCACACUAUAGUGCUGUUCACUCGUGGAGACUCUCUGUUAGACACAUCUAUAGAGCAGUAUAUUGAGAGUGAAGGACAGGAUCUCCAGCGGGUGGUGGACAAAUGUGGGAACAGGUAUCAUGUUCUCAACAAUCUCAACAGGAGAGACGGCACUCAGAUCAAGGAGCUGCUGGAGAAGAUUGAGGAGACAGUGGCACUAAACAACGGCCGCCAUCUUGAAAUAGACAGAAAGAUUUUACAGGAGGUGGAAGAGAGGAAAAGAGCACAGGAAGAGAGAGCAGAAGAACGAAUGAAGAGGAUGCAGAAACGGAGAGAAAACAUCAGAUCACAGAUGUUAUUCACACUGAGUGACGCUCGACAUCUCUCAGAGCUGAGGAUUGUGUUGAUGGGGACCAAACUUGAUGGUAAGAGUUCAUCAGGAAACACCAUCCUGGGCAGAGACGAGUUUGACUUGAAGAGAUCUGCUCAGUGUGUGAGGAGACAUGGAGAAGUAGCAGACAGACUCAUCACUGUCAUUGAAGCUCCAGGAUGGUGGAAGAAUCGCACUGUAGAGAAGAGUUCUGAGAGACUGAAACAGGAGAUUGUGCUGAGUGUGUCUCUGUGUCCUCCAGGACCACACGCUGUACUACUGAUCAUAGAUGUGGGUUAUAGAUUUAAAGAGACUGAGAGAAAAGCAUGUCAGGGUCAUAUGGAUCUUCUCAGUGAGAGAGUCUGGAGUCACACUAUAGUGCUGUUCACUGGUGGAGACUCUCUGUCAGACACAUCUAUAGAGCAACACAUCGAGAGUGAAGGACAGGAUCUCCAGCGGCUGGUGGACAAAUGUGGGAACAGGUAUCAUGUUCUCAACAAUCGCAACAGGAGUGACGACACUCAGAUCAAGGAGCUGCUGGAGAAGAUUGAGGAGACAGUGGCACAAAACAAUGGCCGCCAUUUUGAAAUAAACAGAAAGAUUUUACAAGACGUGGAAAAGAGAAAAAUAGCACAGGAAGAGAGAGCAGAAGAACGAAUGAAGAGGAUGGAAAAACAGAGAGAAAACAUCAGAUCACAGAUGAGUGACGCUCUACAUCUCUCAGAGCUGAGGAUUGUGUUGAUGGGAUAUAAAGCUGCUGGUAAGAGUUCAUCAGGAAACACCAUCCUGGGCAGAGAGGAGUUUGACUUGAAGAGAUCUGCUCAGUGUGUGAGGAGACAUGGAGAAGUAGCAGACAGACUCAUCACUGUCAUUGAAGCUCCAGGAUGGUGGAAGAAUCACACUGUAGAGAUGAGUCCUGAGAGACUGAAACAGGAGAUUGUGCUGAGUGUGUCUCUGUGUCCUCCAGGACCACACGCUGUACUACUGAUCAUACGUGUGGGUGAUAGAUUUAAAGAGACUGAGAUAAAAGCAUUGCAGGAUCAUCUGGAUCUUCUCAGUGAGAGAGUCUGGAGUCACACUAUAGUGCUGUUCACUUGUGGAGACUCUCUGUCAGACACAUCUAUAGAGCAACACAUCGAGAGUGAAGGACAGGAUCUCCAGCGGCUGGUGGACAAAUGUGGGAACAGGUUUCAUGUUCUCAACAAUCUCAACAGGAGAGACGGCACUCAGAUCAAGGAGCUGCUGGAGAAGAUUGAGGAGACAGUGGCACUAAACAACGGCCGCCAUUUUGAAAUAGACAGAAAGAUUUUACAGGAGGUGGAAGAGAGGAAAAGAGCACAGGAAGAGAGAGCAGAAGAACGAAUGAAGAGGAUGCAGAAACGGAGAGAAAACAUCAGAUCACAGAUGAGUGACGCUCUACAUCUCUCAGAGCUGAGGAUUGUGUUGAUGGGAUAUAAAGGAGCUGGUAAGAGUUCAUCAAGAAACACCAUCCUGGGCAGAGAGGAGUUUGACUUGAAGAGAUCUGCUCAGUGUGUGAGGAGACAUGGAGAAGUAGCAGACAGACACAUCACUGUCAUUGAAGCUCCAGGAUGGUGGAAGAAUUACACUGUAGAGAUGAGUCCUGAGAGACUGAAACAGGAGAUUGUGCUGAGUGUGUCUCUGUGUCCUCCAGGACCACACGCUGUACUACUGAUCAUACGUGUGGACACUAGAUUUAAAGAGACUGAGAGAAAAGCAUUGCAGGAUCAUAUGGAUCUUCUCAGUGAGAGAGUCUGGAGUCACACUAUAGUGCUGUUCACUUAUGGAGACUUUCUGUCAGACACAUCUAUAGAGCAACACAUCGAGAGUGAAGGACAGGAUCUCCAGCGGCUGCUGGACAAAUGUGGGAACAGGUUUCAUGUUCUCAACAAUCUCAACAGGAGAGACGACACUCAGAUCAAGGAGCUGCUGGAGAAGAUUGAGGAGACAGUGGCACUAAACAACGGCCGCCAUUUUGAAAUGGAUGGUAGAAAGGAAGCGGAAGAACGAUUGGACAAAUGGAGAGAAGACAUGAGAUUACAGACUAUGAGUGGAGCUGAAGGAUCUGAUUCAUGGUCUCUGGGAAGUUCUGGUUAUAGUUCAUUCAGAUCACGAUCAGGAGCAGAACCAGUUUUCAGUUCGUCACGUUCCAGAGAUUCAUCUCACACAACUUACGAGCCAGGGGCCAUAAAACGAUAUAGAAGCAUGGAAUGGACACCAAACAUGAGUGGAGAUGAGCGAUCGGACACACGGUCUGUGGGAAGUUCUUCUUAUGGUUCAUUCAGAUCAGGAGCAGACAGUGAUUCAGUUUUAAGCUCACCACAGCUCAGGAUUCGGUCUUUGAGAUCCAUCCCGGAGUCUGUGGAGGGUUCAGGAACCAGACGAACACUUGGUUUGCCCAAGAUCUCCAAACUUUUCCUAAGAUUAAAGAAGCAUGAUAAGCAUGAAGAAGAUACUAAGACGACCUGAAUGUGAUUGAAUGAAUCAAAGAUAAAUUGUGUCCUUAUAAUGUGGACAUUUAUGACAUUAGCAUCAUAAUAUUUACCUGUAAAUAUUAAUAAAACUAAAAUGAAUGUG